AUGGCCGACGCGGAGCGACCCAAGGACAAGGUCCCGAUUCCCGGCGCGGAAGGCUGGCUACGUGUGACCACAACACAUGGGAAUGUAUUUUACGCACAAAAAAAGACCAAGCGAUCCGAAUGGACGAUCCCAGAGGAAAUUCGGCCACAAGUUCUUGCAUUCGAACGAUCGAUGGGCAUUGUGCAUGAAGAGGACGAAGACGAUGAGGACGAGGCGGUUGAGGCACGUCAGGUAAAAAGGGCACGGAUGGAAGAGGAUGAUAAGAAUGAUGAUGGAGAGGGAGACGAGGUGUCUGCGGAACAGGCAGCUGCUGCUAUGGAUCCUGUACCAACUUCUGACAUGGCACCAGCGAGUCCUGAAGCGCAAGAGCCAGAGGUGCCAUGGGAAGAGGCUAAGGCGCAGUAUAUGGAUAUGCUUACCUCGCUCAACGGCACACCCAAAGAAGUCAACCCCUUAGCUCCAUGGGAUCGGGAGCUGCCGAAGUUUGUACACCAUCCCUCCUACCGCAUCCUUCCUACGCUGCAGGAUCGCGAAGAUGUAUUUAAUGAAUGGUGCAAGUUCCGUCUACGUGAAAAGCGAGAAAAGGCGCGUGAGAAUGCCUCCGAAGACAAAUUCAAGGCGCUGCUGCAGAAGCAGGUGCAAUCGACACGUACUGAAUUCAGCGCUUUUCGCGAGAGGUUUGGCAAAGACCCUACCUUCCAAGCUCUGGUGCGAGACAAGUCGGAGGCGCGAGCAGAGCAGCUCUUCCGUUCCUGGCUCCACGAACUAGGUGAGAUCAAGUUGCGUAAGGCGAAAGAGGCGGAGGACGCGUUUCUGGUGCUGCUCUCAGAGUCGCUCUCUGCCUCCACUAUUCUCCGUGAACAGCAAGCGUCGCUUCCCAUUGACAAGGAAACGUCUAACAAGCUAUGGGCUACGUCCAAAAAGAUACCAGGUCUUGCUCAAGAUCCUCGCUACGAUGCAGUAGGCAGUGCUACUCGGCGCGCCGAGCUCUUCCAACGGUGGCUCUCUACGCCCGCGUCAUCAACAACACCUGCACCCACUCGUCUUUCCAAAGCGGAGCGUCAGGCACUUGCCCUCGAGCAGCGCGAAGCCCAAGUGCGUCGAGAACGUGCUCGGCAUCAGCACCAUGCUACUGUUGCAUUGACGAAUGCGCUGGAUGAGCAGCGUGAGCAGGAUUUCCAACAAUUGCUCAUCGAUACCGUUCGUGAUCCAUGGCUUAUCUGGGAGGAUGCUAUCCCAUUGCUAUCCAAAGAUGCUCGUUUCGCGCCAGCUCGACAAGUACGUGACUCGCUGCGCGACGAAGCCAAACAGGCCCUUUUUGCCGAGCAUAUACAGCGCCUGCAGCGGAAGCGGCGCGAUCAACUUGCACGACUUUUCGCGAAACAUGCCGAAGACGAUCGUGGUGUACUUCAGCUGAGCCGCGGCUCCGAUGUGAUUCUGCCACUCGUUCGUGCUGAUGAAGCGUAUAUUCAGUCUGGGCUUCCGCGCUUCGUGGGCGAGGAUGCGGGCAUGCACAAAGCAGCCGCUACGACGUCAUUGGAAGCUGAAUUCGAGGCAUGGGACCAGUGGCGGCAACAGCAGGCGCGCGAUGACUUUUUCACGAUGCUUCGGGAGAAUGCGUUUGUCGACUUCUGGGGCCGUUUACGCAAGGAGGGCGAAGGCAAAGACAAUGCUCCUUCGACCUCUGCCUCUGCACCGGCCGCUGAAGAUGAGGACGAUGAGGACGAUAUGACUGUCUCCCUCCUGGAUAUGGCUUCGCAGUUGGACCUGCAGGCCAUGGAGUCGGUGCUCAAGGCGGACAAGCGUUACAAGCCCAAGGCGGUACCUGGGAUACCGAUGAACCAGGAAGACGAUGGCGAUGCAGGAUAUGUGGAACUGUCGUCACAGCGUGGGUAUCGCGGCGUAGGCGAGAAAAAGCCACGGUUUUUGCCGAAGCCAAAGUCGGUCCAGCAUGUCGCACAUGCGCCGUUGGGCGUGGCGUGCCACAACUCGCCUGCAUGA